GCGUCCAUUACCUGCUGCAUUAGUAAUUAACGGGGAGGGGGAAGGGAAGUCGAUGCAUGGUGGCAUGGCGAGGUGGAGGGUUUAUUGGCAGCGUGGGCAGGAGACUUUCCAUUCCGGAUACAGUCUCCGGGAGUUCUUGGUAACGAACAAUGCGAUGGAAACGGGGGAAUCGAUUGCCAGUGCGAGGGAGGGACGCGAGAUAGUCGGGGUAGAGGGUGGUAAAGGUUCGGAAGAGCGCCGCGCGGAAACGAUCGUGAUCUUCGCAUGUGGGGAUGGUCCCUGUUAUCACGCAGUAGACCUCAAUCAUAUUGUGGCCUCGCCACGCGACACUGAGAAGCAAGAUAUGGAGGCAAAAGGUCGGGACGACGCACCGGAGGGAGGGAUGGGGAUGCACUACGACAGCGAGGCGAGCGGCGUAGAAGUGGUGGAAGGUGUUGCGGGGGAACGGAUUGAAGGGGAACGUGACGGGGGUGGUGAGCUGGCGAAGGGUGAGGUAGUCAAGGGGACGGCGAGAGAGUGAUCGGUGACGAAGGCCGAUCGCUCGUAUCGGUACGUCGACGAACUUGGGGACGGGUUGGGGAGGAGGGGGAUCGGUUUCGUCGCUGUGCCGAUGGGGCCGGAGUCGUGGCCGCGAGAUCG